AUGCUUACGACGACAGAUGACCUGAAGGCGAAAGCGAAUGCGGCGUACAGCAAGAAAGACUGGCGCGAGGCGGUACGGCUUUUCGCCGAAGUCGUCGAGCAUGAGCAGGACGGACCGGCCAAGGCGACAGUGCUCGCCAAGCGGAGUGCUGCAUACGUCAAGCUGGAGGACUACUCGUCAGCUCUCGCCGACGCAGAACUAGCGGUAGAAGCGGACCCAUCCGCUGCCCUCGCCCAAGUCCGCAUCGCCGAAGCUGCACUGAAGCUCAAGGAGUUCGAGAAGGCGGAGAAAGCCUAUGUUCACGCAGGCGAACUCGCCACCGACACCUCGUCUCGCAAGCGCUACAAGGAGGCGGUCAAGUCUGUACAGCGCGCUGCUCGUCACGAGGCGACGACACAGGAGAAGAGCGCGCCUCCGCCGUCGUCAGCUGCGUCAGGGUCGUCGACAGCUCGCAAAGCGAACCGACGUUCCGCUCCUCGCGCGCGCGGCACUCGUCCGUCGAUUUCAGCCUCACUCCCUUCCCGUACCGACCACGACUUUACCGUCACCAGCGAGACUUGGCGCGACCGCCUCAUCCACAGCAUGACGAAUGACGGUUUCCAGUAUCAACCAGAAGGCGGGAUCGGGGUCGCGCUGGCCGCUUGGAAUCAGUGCGAGCUGGGCUUGCAGCACCUUCACCGGACGGUGUAUAUGGUGCCUGCCGGCCUUCACGUCGACUUGUUCAACCCUGACUGCCUGACCAUGUUCUGCGACUGCAUCCUCAGCACCGAACUCGGCUUCCACCUCUCGCCUUCGCCUAACCCGGGCGACUUGCCGACUCUCACGAAGCUCAGGAAGCUCAUCGAAGCCGAAGCAGACAAGGGCGACUUUUGCAAGUACCUGACCGACUCGAAGUGGACGCCGCAGCAGAUCGUGCAAGACCUGAAUAAGCGCAUCCCCGGCGAGGGUCGGCAGCUGAUUCGUCGUUUCACCGCGAGCUUGAUCAACGGGCGGAUCAUCGGCGGCUUCUUCUGUCACUACGCCAAGAAGCCCAAGCAAGCUGUUGUCAGCUACCGCCUUGCGCUGGACGUGCUCGAGGAAGGGAACCGUCAAUGGGCGCACGAGUCGCAGGGAACGCGAGGCAACGUCUUCUCCCCGACUGUCGUUCGAGGCGUCAAGGUUGUUCUCAUGAAGGCAUUGAUGCGCGGUCAUCAACAGGCAAAGACGGACGAGGAGCGGCGAGACUUCCCCCUCGACGAGAUCGAGGAGCUUGCGGAUAGUCUCCUUGAGGAUGAGCUUCCCGAGUCAUACUACACACGUCAAGCAGCAAUCUUCCGCACAGGCUUCCAGCUCCUCCCGCGCUGGGAAGCAUACGCCGGUCUUGCUUACGCUUCCGCCUACCGCGCCGAGGAGCCCUUCAGGAACCAACAGCCAGGCGUCCCCGUCAUCGUCAACCUUGAACUUGCACGCCAGGCGAACGACUGGUACGAUGCAGCCGCGUCGGCGAUGCCGUUCGACUGGCACCAGAAGCGGGACAUCCUGUGGGCGGGCUUGCGAUUGCGUCUCUUGACGGGCGGCAGCACGAUCAAGGAGGUUCGCGAACGGGCUGCGGAGGCCAAGCGCGUCGACGACUUUGCGACUCGCUUCUUCGGUCCUCUUCCAGCGAAGCACGAGCCGCGGGACUUUGUCGACUUGCAAGCUCAGGCAUGCGAGCAGUGGCUGCGCACGGCGUCUCCGCAUCACUCGCCCAACUCAAUCCUCAAGCCCAUCCCUCGCAUUCACUGUCCACCUGGCUUCGACAGCAGCACCGUUCUGACGAAGGAGUUUUGGGAGGCGCCGCACAUGGAGGGUGAAGUCGGGCUGAUUGACGCGACCAUGGCCCGCUGA